CACAACGCGGUCAAUGUGUCCGACGAGCGCCCCGGCCUCCUGGAGAUGACAGUGUAGUGAGGGAGACAGUCUCAGAAAUCGGCAUCUACGGGCAGGAGGGAACAGGGCUGUCACAGGGAAAGAGGAACCGGCUCUGAGGGCUGGAGGAAGAGGGGAGGUUUAAGCUGGGGUUGCCUAGGGAUUCACUAAACAGAGGGGGAGGGAAGCAAGGCACCCAACAUUGCAUUAUAAAGGGCUGCACACCAUGGUCAUGCCUGGUAGCUGCCACGUUCAUGUACUCAUCACCCACGCCAGCACAUCAGAAACUGUGCCCCGUAGUAGAGGCACGAGGGCCAGCAAGACAGAAAUCCUCCUUGCCCUCCUGGAGUACAGAGGCCGGCAGGGAAGACAGACAAGAACAAGUGAACAGGCAGAAUCAUUGCUGUUCAUGGCUGCUGCUGUGGAAGACGUGGGGCUCUGGGUUGGAAUGAUGGGGCGGGAGGCUCUUAGAGAAAGCAGGAUGGCUGGGCUGUGACCUGAAGGCCGUGGAGGGGGGAAUUACCAGGCAGGGGGAGCAGCAAGAGAGGGUUGAGUUUGACAAGUUCAAGGGACAGAAGGGGCCACUGGGGCUGGACCAAAGUGGAGGAAGAGGAGGGUGGUGUGGGACGGUCUGGAGGAUGGGCGAGCCUGCGCCCGCUCUGAGCCUGUUUCUUUAACUGGGAAGUGGGCCGGUAGAGUCAUUGAGAUUCUUCAAGGAGAUCCUGUGUGCAGAGGGCCUGGCCUGCUCGGGUUCGUAUCUGCUUCACAGUGACCCACAGCAGCACUGACGGCAUGCCAUGUCUAGAUAUACCAUUGGGGGCUAUGGACCCCCAGAUGCCAUCCUGGGGCAAAAGCGGAUAUGUCAGGAGACCCAAGUCCAGUGUCACUCACCCAGGGACACACAUUUGGUGGUGGACCCAGUCACAUCGGUGCAUGCUGGCCCCUGCAGGCGCCAAACCCUCUCUCCACCUCUUCCCCGCUCCCCCCACCCAGACAUCCUCAGGUCCCCCCUGAUCAUCUUCAUGAUGGGUGGCCCGGCUUGUGGCAAAGGGACACAGUGCAAGAACAUGGCAACCAAAUAUGGCCUCUGCCAUGUGGGGCUGGGCCAGCUGCUGCGGCAGGAGGCCCAACGCAGUACCCGGCGGGGCCGGAAGAUCCAUGACAUCAUGCUGCAGGGGCUCCUGGUGCCUACGGGCAUCAUCCUAGACAUGAUCAGCAACGCCAUGUUAUCUCACCCGGAGAGCCGGGGCUUCCUCAUCAAUGGCUUCCCGCGGGAGCUGAGGCAGGCCAAGGAGUUCGAGCGCAUUGUGGGCCGGGCCCCAGACGUCGUCAUCGUGUUGGACUGCUCCAUGGAAACGAUGGUCCGGAGAGCGCUGCGCCGGGGCCGCCUAGAGCACCGGGCGGAUGACUGUGAGCCGGCCAUCCGCCAGCGCCUGGAGACGUACUACACGCUGUGUGAGCCGGUCUUGACCUUCUAUCAGCAGAAGAACCUGCUCUGUAAUAUCUUGGCAGAAGCAGCUCCAGAGAACAUUUUUGCCAAGUGCUGCUCGGUCGUUGAAAGCCUGCAGUGACGGAGGGGCUGGGGGCUCUGCCUUCUUCCCCAUCCCAGAACCCACACAGGGCUCCGAAGGGUGCAGCGCCACUAAGAGAUUUAAUUCUAUCUUCUAUGGCUGGCUCAACAUGAAGGAUCCCAAUUUUGAAAGAAAAAAAGCAUGAGACACACAGAAUAAGCGAGA